AUGGUCGGACAACUGUUAAAACUGAAGAAUCAGAUUGAUGCUGAUACCGAGGCCAUUCAGUACAGUCUAACGAUAGAGGUGGCUGACAGUGGUCCUGCGCCUGCGCUAACAACCACCCUGACGAUUGAUGUAUACGUCACCGGUAUCGAUGACAACGUUCCAGUGUGGAUUACACCCACCAAUGGAGCUUACACCGCAACUUUGCCUGAAAGUUCUGGUGCGGGAACAUUUGUGCAGUUGAUAAGCGCCACGGACGGAGACUUGACAGGGACGUUCGAUGCGAAAGUUACCUACAGUAUUGAGGACACGAACACGAUAUUUGGAAUUGAACCAGAGACAGGUAGAGUCUACCUUGCAAGAGACGUGGUGGAUCGAGAAGUCCUGGAUAAUUACGUCAUCAGUGUUUCUGCGUAUUCCUCCAAUCAAGUGGCAGCUAAGAUUCUGGGGACUGUAACUGUCGCAGUGUCGGACAUAAAUGACAAUAUCCCGACAUUUUCCCAGAGUGCAUAUGAAGUCACAGUACCGGAAAACACUGCUACCAACACCGGGAUUCUAACAGUGACUGCGCAGGAUCCAGAUCUGGGAACCAACGGACAAAUUUCUUAUUCUAUAACAAGAAUCGCUGUGUCAUUCCCUGCUGCGGUGGAUAACGACGCGGGUUUAGAUGGGACGAUAGUGUACUCAUUGACGACACACACAGAUACGUUCGCCAUCAAAAGCUCUGCAAAUGAAGUUGUUUUAAUUCGUCCUGUCGACCGAGAGACACUCGCUGUUUAUGAAUUGGUGAUAUCAGCUGUUGACCAAGCACCAGCGAACAGCAAAACCGGAACAGCCACCUUGACGGUUACAGUACAGGAUGUUAACGAAUAUCCUCCGGACUGUGCGAUAAGCGCCGAGGUGAUCGGGAGUCCGCCAUAUACAAUUGGAUCGGAUAUUUACACCAUGGUGUGUACUGAUCAAGAUGCAGGGCCAAACGGCGCCAUUGUGUAUUCCAUAUUAGCGGGAAAUACAAACACGGAUUUUCGUGUAGAGACAGACGGCCGCGUGGUAUACAAUAAAAUCCCCAGUGAUGUUAAUUAUCAACUAACGAUUGUAGCAUCUGAUUCAGCUGCCACGCCCCUUACAACAUCGGUGUUUCUUCAUGUAGUUCUUCAGUCGGACCCAAGGUUCACGACCCUGCCUGGCACGGCGUCCAUUGAUGAAUCGUCACCCCUGGGCUCUUCAGUGUUUGACGUCUUAGGGAUUUCUGCUUCAGGGUACAAAUCAUACUCAAUAAUCAGCGGCAAUACUGACAAUAAAUUUAAGAUAAAUUCUUACACUGGGAAUGUUUUCAUUUACUCUGCUCUUGACAGGGAGACAACAUCUUCCUACACUUUAGGCAUUCGAAUUACUGAUAUCAAUUUUUCGAAAACUGCCGACAGCACAUUGACAAUAACAGUUCUGGAUAAUAAUGAUAACUCGCCAACAUUUGCCUCAUCUUUCUACGAAACGUCGGUAGCUGAAAAUAUCGGAGUUGGAACCCAGAUUCAGGACCUAGUGGCAACAGACAUUGACGGCGUCGGAGUGAAUAGUGCCAUCUCGUACGCCAUUGUCAGUGGAAAUGCUGAAAACAAAUUCGAAAUUGAUACCACUGGUAAACUGAAAUUGAAGGCUGCACUGGACGCAGAGGCAACUCGGGUUUAUAUGUUGUCGGUGACGGCUACGGAUGGUGGAACCCCGGCACUGACGGGGACGACGGUGGUGUUGCUACAAGUGACGAACAUUGACGAGUUUCAGACCGAGUUUUUGACAACAGGAGGCACUUAUUCUCAUUCUCUGUCAGAGAACACAGCUCUGGGAGCUCUCGUAUUUACCGUCACGGCUCAGGACCUCGAUGUUGGAUCCCAAAUCACCUACGCUAUCACAGUUGGAAAUGAUAAUUCUUUCACAAUAGAUCGUCAGUCAGGGAACAUCUUUCUUACCAAAUUGCUAGACAGAGAGGCAACUCCUUCGUAUUCAUUGACGAUCUCAGCAAAUAACGGUCAAGGAGGUGUUAAGGACGCGGUUCUCGCUCUGUCUGUAACAGACGUCAACGACAAUGACCCCAAAUUCUCUCAAAAUGUUUAUACUACCCAGGUCAUCGAGAACUAUCCCCUUGGUGGGUCAGUCACACGUGUUACAUGUUCAGACGCAGACAGUGCCUUAAAUGGUGAUCUGGCUUUAUCAAUCGUCGGAGGAAACACUGGGAAUGCUUUUCGUAUGACGGGUGCAGUUAUCGAAGUUAACACAGUGCUAGAUUAUGAAACGAUUAAUAAAUAUGUUUUACUUAUUGAGGCCAAAGAUAAAGGUAUUCCAAGUAGGUCGUCUACUGCGACGGUCGACAUAGAAAUCACACCCGUAUAUCCACAACCCCGAUUUGCUUCAAACGCACAAACGAUUACGAUACCAGAAAACACAAUAGUAGGUACAACUGUCUACGACUCCGACGCAACGGUCGCUGGUGCAUUAGAAAAUAAAGAUUUAGCGUACACGAUAACUGCAGGUAAUUCAGCUGGUAAAUUCGCAGUGAAUGAAAAUACCGGACAACUCACCGUAAUAGGAAUAUUAGACCGGGACACCACCGCGAGUUAUGACGUAACAAUAAGUGCAGUCAAUAUUCAGCAGAAUACACUGCGCGAUUUAAUUACGGUCACAGUCACGUUGGAUGAUAUCAAUGAUAAUAAGCCUUUAUUUUCCGUUCCUAAGUACGCAUUUACAAUAUCGGAGACAAGUUCGAUCAAUACCCUUGUUGGAACAUUGACAGCGUCAGAUAAAGACAUAGGGGUGAAUUCUCAGAUUACUUUUUCUAUUGUUUCUGGUGAAAACAGUCAUGAUUUUGCCGUUGACUCUUCCACUGGUCAACUAAAAGUAAAUGCAAUUUUAAAUGCUCCAUUCCGAAGUUCCUACGCACUCAUUCUGCAGGCGGUCGACGGUGGCACCCCUUCUCUUGUAAGCACAGCUGAAGUUGAUAUAACUGUGACAGAUGUGAAUGACAACUCUCCUAUUUUCAGUCCACUAGUUGUUAGCAUCAAAGUCAAUGAGAUGCUAAAUAUCAGCAGUGCCAUAUACUCUGUAUAUGCAACGGACGCCGAUGCUGGGGCAAAUGCUAGGUUAACGUACUCUAUCCUUUCCGGAAAUGGCGACCUUCGUUUUUCUGUUGACCCAAACAAUGGAAAAGUCCUUCUCAGGAAUCUACUUGAUCGUGAGGCUGUUAGCCAAUAUAGCCUGGUUAUCGUUGCUGUUGAUGCCGGAAGUCCGACUAAGACAGGAAGUCUGACACUGCACAUCGAAGUGAUGGAUGCCAAUGACAACACGCCUUACUUCAUUGGAGAACCCUAUUCUGUCUCUCUGGGCCGAGCUGAUACUGUUGGAACGUACCUGGCUACAAUAAAUGGUAAUGAUACCGAUAUCGCAGAAAAUGCAUUGAUUGAAUAUUUCAUCGUCAGCGGUGACACAUCUGAUACAUUUUAUCUAAACAAAGAUACGGGGCGGGUAACAACAGUUACGUCCCUUGUUUCCUCUCCUGAUCUAUACUCCCUGGUUGUCCAUGCUAUUGAUAAAGGAGUUCCAAAGAGAACUUCCACUACUACUCUGACGGUGCGAAUUGACCCACCGAAUUCGCCAACUAUCAGUGAUUUCUCCUUUACUGUGAACGAAAACGUGCCUAUUGAAACACCAAUAGGAACUGUUAUUCCUGAUCCUAUACACAACCCCGGUACAACGAUUAUUUACACCAUACUCUCAGGCAACUACAAUAAUAACUUGAAAAUAGGGCUUAACGAUGGGGUCGUAAAAGUUGCGCGCGCUUUGGAUCACGAGGAACGCAAUAAUUACUAUCUUGUGGUAAAAAUCCAGGAUUCUGUAAACACUGCGCUUGUUUACAACAAAAAUGUGUACGUACAAAUAAGCGACCUUAAUGACAAUGCUCCAGUAUUUCAGUCAGCGACGAUGACAUUUUCUGAUGUUGUUGAGAAUUCACCAGUUGGAUUGACCAUUGGACAGGUACCAGCAACAGAUGCCGACAGUGGUCUGAAUGGACAGGUACUGUACGAAAUCGACCCAUCAGAUACUACGGCCUUAACAGCGUUGAGUGUCACAUCGACUGGACACUUAAAGCUCUCCAUCUCUCCAGAUUACGAGUCGGCACCCAGAAUAGCAUUUGUAAUGUUUGCAAAAGACAAGGGAACACCUUCUUUAACGGGGACUGUGAACGUUGUGAUAGACCUAGUGGAUGUAUACGAUAACCCUCGUUCGGCUUCAAGCAAUGGCGAGUCUCCCUUUUAUUCACUGGAAUGCCCGGUAACUACACAGAAUGGUGACGUCAUCGUAACAGUGAAAGCUACUGAUUUUGGAUUUACUGUUGAUCCCACCGACACCAUACGGUAUACACUGAUUGGGGGAAGCACCGUCUUUGGUGUGGAAUCCACUACCGGGAAUUUGUAUGUUAAGGACAGCUCUAAGUUAUUUGCAGACACGCGAUAUUUCUUUACGAUGUCUAUUCGAAUCCAGGCACCCAAUAACAACGUCACGGCUACUUCCGCUUUAUUACGUGUGGAUACAAUGACCCCAAGCUCCCAUAUGGUCAUUCUCACCCACAGUAUUUCCAAAACAACUUUGGAAUCUCAAAAGUAA